UUGGACCUCAGUCAUCGUCUCAUUUAAUUUUUAGGAUAUUCUCUUCUUUCUUAUUCCUUUUCUUCAUCACUUUGUUUUGUCCUCUUACCGUAAUCGUUAACUCAUUUUUGCCGUUUUCGCCAUUAUACUUUAUCAUAACGCUCCCUACUCCCUGAACUUCCCCUUCUAACAAUCUUUACCUUAUGCUAUACCCUAUCAGCUCCCCCUCUCUACCCUUCUAGUUCUGUUCAACUUGCAAUUUUACUCAAAUCAUUAACUCAUUCCUAACCCUUUCACUCCUAUACUUUACCACAGUGCCAUAUGACCUUUGAUGUCAUAUGGCACUUCCUUACCUGGAGGCUUUGUUCCCAAGCCUCACGCUAUCUCUAUAUUUUGAAUACGCUGCUAAUGACCUUAGAUGUUGACGCGGCAAAAAAAAAUUCAGUAAUAUAUAUUUUUUUUCUGAUAACCUACAACCUUUAUGGAAAAUGGAUAUUACUACCAGCUCUCUCUCUCUCCCUCUCUCCCUUUCUGAAUAUCAGAUAUUAGUCCUAUUGAAUUACAAGAGUUGUAAUGACGCAUAUAUGUUGCAACCCAUACCAGCGAGUGAGCGUUAUUUGUGAUGUCUAUUUCUCAGGAGGAAGAAUCUUAAUAUGCGAGUGCUCGUGUGUGUGACUACUAAAAUGCUCUAUGUAAUAGUAAACCCCCCAAAAUGCAAAGAUCUACUUAAUAUAUCUUGCAGUUUAGUCUUUCAGAGAAAUAUAAAGACUACAAACAUCUGCCAAAGCUUGAAGAACCAGAACAAAAGCAUGGAAGUUCCUAGCAAGCCUAGCCUUGCAGAUUUACCUGAAGAUUUGGUCCAGUGCAUAAUGGAGCUCUGUGACCCCCAUGACCUUGCUAUGCUGGGCGAAACCUGUACAUUUUUUCCAUACGCUUAGCAACCACUGAUGUUAAGGACCCCGACCUUGGAGACGUUAGUAGUUACAGAGAGCUGUACAGUACUCUGCUGCACAGGUAUGGAGGGAUGAUAGGCCUGUACCAAGUCAUUGCCGGUCCUUUCGGGGGCCUCACAGAAGUAAGAGUGAGUUACAAGAGUUGAAAAUGUCUCAGAAUUUCACUGUUAUACGUAAUGAAAUAAUCUCCAGCCUUUCUUAUGCAUUAAGAUUAUACCCCUUAGUCAGUUUGAUUUUGUUGCACUUGCUGGUGUUCAUGGAUAUUUUUAAAUAUUGCGUUUUGAUUUUUUUUCGUGUGUAUAUCCCUGUAGUACUCACGCGGCACUCUAGAAGGCAUUACCUGGGACCCUGAAUUCGUUGAUACUCCACUGAAAGCCAACGUUUGUUUUUCUCUUUUUGGGGGGUGGCAACAAAUACGCACAAUGUCUCUGUCUUCCAUUUAUGGCUCCGCAUUCUAGCAUCAUUACACUCGAAAAGGAGUGUGGCAGAUUCUCUCUUCUGUGUUUCAGUCCCAUGGAUCACGCCAAGGCAGUCUGGGAGGAUUUUCAUUACGAUAAGAUGAAUUUCGAUUUCAUUCAUAGAGAGGAACUCUUUCGUAAGUUUAAGUCGGACAUCUUUAACAUAUUGCAACCGCACAGUCACCAGAAGAAACUGCUUUGUCUCAGCCACUGUUAUGGCCUCCGCCUGAUCCACAAGCCCCUUGUUCUGCCUCAUGCAAAUGACAUUCCCGAGAGCCUGCUCAUGCCAGAUGGAUCUUGCCCAAAACAGCUCAUUGCUCCAGGGUUGUUCACGGGAAAUGGCAUCUUUCUUGGGACGCAGUUGUUUGUUUUUAAGUACAAGAAUGAAAAAGAACUCUGCGCCUUCAAGGUGACAGGAGACGAUUGUGUUCCUGCAGAAGAACUGUACUUCACUGCUAUGCUGGAAUAUCCAGUCAGUCCCAUCAAUGUUAAUGACCAAAAAUAUCACUUUUAUGAAGAACUGUUGGAUCUAGAAAUGAAAAAGGGUCGAAUAUCAGAUAUCCAAGAACAGUCUUUUAGAUUACCCCUGGGCACUCCACUCUCUGUCUCAUACGACAAGUGUUACGCAAGGUACCAUGGAAAAGGAGUACUUAACUGCGUGAAAUCCUGGGAUGAAUGUUCAGUCCAUGUUAUUGUUUUUGAUCCUGACACUGUGUGUGUGCUUUGGCUGGACAGUUGUUGUCCCUCCCUCUACAAGCGUGUCCUGCAAGGGCCGCGUCUAUUAAAAUACUAAGCUUUCCCCUAGAAUAGCUAUUUUUUCUAAAGAUAAUGAAUAAAUCAUCGCUUCGCACAAUUAAUUUUACGUUUCCAUGUCUUUUUCACCAGCCAAAUCUCCAUCCAAUGUUGUUUUCCUUGUCUGGGAGCGUGAUUUUUCAAUAUCAUAAAUAUUUAUCACUCGGUUGAAGAAUAAUAUUAACCUAUUCGACGUGAAAACCAAUCUACACGAUUAAAAACUUCAACACACAAAAGUGCAGUGCUUCUCACACUGCCAAUAAUGAUUGUGGGAAUACUCUAAAUCCAGACGGCUUCAAAUACAAGUGAUCGCGGUUUGUACCUCCAUAGAGUAAACAUCUAAAGGUAUCUGUAAUGUUUUGAGUGUAGUGUACGUAAGACAAUUCAAUGGACACAACUCUCAAUCCAGAUCCAGGAGGAAACCCCUGGCAAAGGUGAUAUGGACUACGAUUCCCCGUCAAACAGAAGACCACGAGAAAGCAGCGACAGCAAAGAAGACCCACGUCCCAAACAUCCCCGAAAAAAGGAUACCGGCAGGAACUUCACGGAUUAUAAACCGACCACAACCGAACACACACCAAUGUACAAGCAAGAAUACCAUAAUGCACUGGUCAAUUUAAUGGUGAAUCUGAAACCUCAGAUUUCAGCAACACAAUAAGAUUAACAAGCUUAUUAAACAAAUCAGACCCAUAAAUAUAUCAUUGACGAUUUCCUGAGAAUAAUAGGGACAGGGAAGGCCAUAAGGGUUGAAGUGAAUGACAUUUCUAAAUAAAAACUUUUAAACCUAAUAAAAAUGGGAGACUGCGAAAUUAAAUGUAAACAACCAGCCUCAAGCAAAAACAUAGGCUGUCCAUACGUGCCGUAUAAUAGAAAUUGACUUAACCCAGAGGAGAUAAAAGAAAAAGUAAGAAUAAGUGGAAAUAACACAAAAAUGGUGGAAGUAAUAAGAGAGCAAAAACAAAUAGUUAAUUAAUUUAAUUUAAUGGGAUCCAACGAAGUCCCUAAGAUUAACAUUUAAACGCAAAUUACUAGAAAAAUAGC